UUUUUUGACAUUUUCAAAGUCAUUGUUGCUUCGCGUCUAAUAUUUGUGGUUAUCUGAUAUUUUUACAAAUUCAAUUUUAUUCCCAUAAAGAUGUUCCGCAAUCAGUAUGACAGCGACGUCACAGUAUGGAGCCCCCAGGGUCGCCUGCAUCAAGUGGAAUAUGCUAUGGAGGCGGUGAAACUUGGUUCUGCAACUGUAGGCUUAAAGAGCAAACAGUUUGCAGUACUUAUUGCAUUGAAACGAGCUGUAAGCGAACUGUCUGCAUACCAGAAGAAGAUUAUACCCAUUGAUGAUCACAUCGGUAUUUCUAUUUCUGGUUUAACCGCUGAUGCUCGUAUGCUGAGCCGUUUUAUGAGGACUGAGUGUCUUAACUAUCGGUAUUCGCAUGACGCACAAAUGCCAGUUGGUCGUCUUAUUGCUCUGGUGGGGAACAAGAUGCAGAUAUGCACUCAGAGAUAUGAUAAGCGGCCGCUUGGUGUGGGUUUACUGGUAGCUGGCUAUGAUGACCAAGGCCCACAUAUCUACCAGACAUGUCCAUCUGCAAACUUCUUUGACUGUCGUGCGAUGGCCAUUGGAGCUCGGUCACAGUCGGCUCGUACUUACUUAGAGAAACACCUCAAUACAUUCAUGGAUUGCGAUUUGCAACAACUUGUGGCACACGGCUUGAGAGCCUUAAGAGAUACAUUGCCUAAUGAAGUUGAACUUAACACUAAGAAUGUGUCCAUAGCUAUAGUUGGACCUAAGACUCCGUUACGUGUGAGUGAUGAGACGGAGCUGGCUCGCUUCUUGUCUCUAGUGGAGGGCGAAGAGCGUCGUGGAGGUAGUGGUAGUGCUACUGGGGACGCAGGGCCCGCUGACAGGGCCACGGGGGACGACAGGGACCCACAACCAGCGGUCGCGAUGGACACGGAAUAAUCGCGGAGCGCCUGCAAGAUAUUUCACAGCAAAGUGUUAAAGAUGAAACAAGUUUCAACUUUUGCUAUUCUGAUUUGAAAGACUUGCGUUCAAUUUAUAAAAAUUUCUUUACCCCUUUCUGUUUAGUUAUUGGCAAAGAAAUGCCUUGGCCAGUAUUUAGAUUUUUUAUCGCUUCUUAAAUAAAGA